ACAUGUUUCAAUGUUCAUUUGGGCUCCUGACUGUUGUUUUAAGACAAAAAUUGUGAACCCGUCCUUUAAAUUUAGCCCUGACUCUGUUGUAUAUUUCCCAGCUGCAGGCGGGGUCACUGGUUGAAUGAGCUCCCAUGUGUCCGACAGCCCGUGAACGCAGCAGGAGUGUUCCCAGUCAGAUCUGGCUGAAACGUGACGCGCCGACUCGGAGCGGAGCGAGGUUUCCUGGCGGAGCUGCGGAGGAACAGGAGUCGAGGAGCGGGUCUGUCUGUCGGUCUGUCCGCGUCUCUGUCUGCCGCCGCAGUCUCUGCUGUCUGUCUGGGACACCAAACACAAACCUCCCCCCUCUUUUUUACGCCUUCCACGGUCUGGACUCGGCAUCAGCGGCUAUGGAUCCAUCGCUGUCCGCCUCCUGUUUUCGCCGCUGAGGGACCGUCGGAUGCUCCAGUGCCCAUAGAGAAGGAGGGGGAGGCGGCGGAGGAGGAGGGGGGGCAUCCCUAUCAUAUUCUUCGACUACCAGGCUGACUCACCGCUGGAACGCCUGAACACAAGAAGAAGAAGAAGAAGAAGUUUAAGAGAACAAGAGAGUGAGGGGAAAACUGUAAAACCAAGAGAGAGAGAGAGACAGAGAGAAGGAAGGAGGGAGGGGGAGGCAAAAAAAAAAACAAGCUAAAGAGGUGAGGAAGACGAGAGGAGAGAGAGACGAGAUAGCGAAGAGAAAGUCAGUUUGGGUCGGCGGGGAGAAAGGAGGAAAGAGAAAGUGAUUGUGGGAAAGAGAGAGAGAGAAGACAGAUCUGAGGUCAGGUGAGAGAGGGGGGGGCGCAGGUAGGUUGGAGGUCUUAAGACAAGACAACUGACAACUGUCCCUUCACCGUCACCACACUGGGAGAACUGGGAGAAGUGGUGACAAGGAGAAGCCACCAUGAGCGACCAGAACGUCGUCAAGGAAGGCUGGGUCCAGAAACGAGGUGAGUACAUCAAGAACUGGCGACCGCGCUACUUCCUGCUGAAGACAGACGGCUCUUUCAUCGGCUACAAGGACAAACCGCAGGACUCUGACCUGGCCUACCCGCUCAACAACUUCUCUGUAGCAAAAUGUCAGCUGAUGAAGACGGAGCGGCCCAAGCCCAACACCUUCAUCAUCCGCUGUCUGCAGUGGACCACCGUCAUCGAGAGGACUUUUCACGUCGACACACCUGACGAGAGGGACGAGUGGGCCGAGGCCAUCCAGAUGGUAGCAGAGUCGCUGGCCAAGCAGGAGGAGGAGGGCAUCCUGUGCAGCCCCACCUCCCAGAUCGAGAACGUCAACGAGGAGGAGAUGGACACCUCCAUCAGCCACUAUAAACGAAAGACAAUGAAUGACUUUGACUAUCUGAAGCUUCUGGGCAAAGGCACUUUUGGGAAAGUCAUUCUGGUGAGGGAGAAGGCAAGCGGCACCUACUACGCCAUGAAGAUCCUGAAGAAGGAAGUCAUCAUAGCCAAGGAUGAAGUCGCUCACACGCUCACAGAAAGUAGGGUAUUAAAAAACACUCGACAUCCAUUCCUAACUUCUCUGAAGUACUCGUUCCAGACUAAAGAUCGACUGUGCUUUGUCAUGGAGUACGUCAACGGAGGAGAGUUGUUUUUCCACUUGUCAAGAGAAAGAGUAUUUUCGGAGGACCGCACCCGUUUCUACGGCGCUGAGAUCGUCUCUGCUCUAGACUACCUACAUUCUGCCAAGAUCGUCUACCGUGAUCUGAAGCUGGAGAACCUCAUGUUGGACAAAGACGGCCACAUCAAGAUCACAGACUUCGGUCUCUGUAAAGAAGGCAUCACCGACACUGCCACCAUGAAGACCUUCUGUGGAACACCGGAGUACCUCGCUCCUGAGGUGUUGGAGGACAACGACUACGGGCGGGCGGUGGACUGGUGGGGUUUGGGCGUGGUGACGUACGAGAUGAUGUGCGGCCGCCUGCCGUUCUACAACCAGGACCACGAGAAGCUGUUCGAGCUCAUCCUCAUGGAGGAGAUCAAGUUCCCACGAACUCUGUCGGCCGACGCCAAGUCGCUGCUGUCGGGGCUGCUCAUCAAGGACCCCAACAAACGGCUGGGCGGCGGACCGGAUGACGCUAAGGAGAUCAUGCGACACAGUUUCUUUGGCACAGUCGACUGGCAGGACGUCUACGACAAGAAGCUGGUCCCGCCCUUCCAGCCCCAGGUCUCCUCAGAGACGGACACACGCUACUUCGACGAGGAGUUCACAGCACAGACCAUCACCAUCACUCCGCCGGAAAAAUAUGACGAGGACGGGAUGGACGCGGCGGACAACGAGCGAAGGCCUCAUUUCCCACAGUUCUCCUACUCAGCCAGCGGGCGGGAGUGAAGCGAGCGCUCCGGGCCCAGCCAGCCAGCCAGUAUUGUCCCCAUUCGUGGCCAUUUUGAGGAAAACACGUAGCCAUUUUAGGAAGAGAGAAAAAAAAAAAAAAAAUACCAGUCUCCCCUCUUUUUCUCCUUCUCUGCCUCCUCGCAGACGGGGGAGAAGUCUUUUUAGGGACUUUAAAAGAGGUUUUUGCACAGUGGGAUAGACUCCAGCCGGUCUCCCCACACUAAAAAAAAAAAAAAAAAAUAAGUCUCCUACAUUUUCAGCGCUAUUUACUGCAGAAGGCAAUGUUUUUGUUAUUUAUUUUCUUCUCUCCGUCAGUAUUAAGUUGUCGACCCGGGUUGCGUUCAUCUUUGUUGUUAUUUUUUUUUUUUUUGUCGUUUCUGCCCUUUUUAUUCUUCUUCUUCUUUUGACUUUUUUGCACUUGGUUUGGAAGAGCCGUUUUAGGGAACAAAAAACCAAAAAUGUUGCCUUACGUGUGCAGAUGUUUCGUAUCAUA